UGUAACACAUCCAACGCUGUGCUUAUCAUUCCAAGCCACUUCUCUGCUGAGUGAAUUGUGUGUUUUGGCCGUGCUUCCAUGCUAGCGGAAACCAGUCAGAAUUAGCAGAUGAGCUAUGGGGUGAAACAUGUCCUGGAAGGAUUAACACCUGCUGGCUAGGCUAACGCUACAACUGGCAAGAAGAGGUCAGGACAACAAAAUCCAUUGCCCUGCAUGGUUGUCUCCUAUUAUAUAUCUGUUGAUUUUUGAGAGUAAUGUGAGCCAGUGACAGUUUGAUGCUUGACUGGUGCUGUAUGUGCCUGCACAGACUUGCCUAGUUCAAAGAGAAGUGAAGCUCAGAAGGUCACUUACAUCACUCUGUGCAAUCAUUUUGGAAGGAAAGUAAGUGGAUAUUAAUACAGUACAUAAACCCAACAUUUAGGAACAAGUGGCAUGAGCUUUCAUGUCACCUUCCAGUUUACACAUUUAUUGAUUAUUGUCAGGUGAUCAUUAUGAACCUUACAUCAACUCUGUAGCAUAGUUUUGAGCCAUCCGGAGAAAAACCAACCACAAAACAUACAAAUACUUCUUUCUAAUACAAAUCAUUGGUUCCUGGUGGAGGUGACAGCUGUCUCCACACUGUCCCUACUCCUAAUGCCCCACCCCCAUGGAGGAGCACUUUAUGUAUAGUGUCAUAGAGGAGAAUGCAAAUCUGGGAUUAGCUCAUUAAGACAGACAUCUUUGAUCUGCAGUUAUCUCUUCCAUUUCCAAGGCAACCUGAUCACAUCCUAGUCUCUAAAGACAUACAUGGGCACAAUAACCCACAGAAAGGUGCACACAUGCAAACACAUGAACAGGCCUUAAUGCCCUAGAGAGCAGGGCCCAACAGAGAUGUGAAGUGUAGAUGUGCAGCAACAGCUAAACGUCGUGUCAGGUUUCUGGGGGCUCGUGCUAAAUUUAACCCUGUGAUCCUGCAGCAGGCAGAGGGGUUUAAAUGCCAGCCUACAGUUGCUCCACACCAGUUGUUCUCCACACGUCUUCCACUCAUCGCAAACUAAGGCCAGGAACAUACACCACAGACGCCGGACUGAAGGCCAUUUACUGAAGUGCAGUUCCAGAGGAAGCAGGGAUAUUUGGCCCUUUACAUCCAGACCACUGUACUGUCCAGUAUGGAGCUUUUUGAGACCAACCCUUACUUCUUCCCUGACCAGCGCUUCUAUGAAGGAGGGGACAACUAUUUCCCCUCUCGCCUGCCUGGGGCAUACGACCAAGCUGGCUACCAGGACAGGAACUCCAUGAUGGGCUUGUGUGGGAAUCUGUCUGGGGGUGUUGGUGUUGGAAUGACAGGGAAUGAGGACAAAGCUUCUCCAUCCAGCCUGUCACCUCACUCUGAACCCCACUGCCCAGGUCAAUGCCUACCCUGGGCUUGUAAGCUGUGUAAAAGAAAGACAGUGACUAUGGACCGUCGGAGAGCAGCCACACUGAGGGAGAAGAGGCGUCUGAAGAAGGUGAACGAGGCCUUUGAUGCUCUGAAGAGGAGCACCCUGAUGAACCCCAACCAAAGGCUGCCCAAAGUGGAGAUCUUGCGCAGUGCCAUCCAGUAUAUCGAACGGCUGCAGGCACUGGUGUCCUCCCUCAACCAGCAGGACACUGAGACAGGACAGCAGGGACUGCACUACCGACCAAAUGCAGCCCAGCCCAGAGUGUCAUCUUCAAGUGAGCCCAGUUCGGGCAGCACCUGCUGCAGCAGCCCAGAGUGGAGCAGCACUCCAGAGCAGUGCCCGCAGAGCUACAGCAGUGAGGAUCUCCUGAGUGCUGCUGAAUCUCCAGAACAGGGGAACAUGCGUGCCUUGACUUCCAUUGUGGAUGGCAUCUCUGCAGCUGAUGGACCAGUGGCCUUUCCUGUGGACAUUCCCAAAUAGAUCCCUCAACCAGUGGAACCAUACAUGUAGGUGCACUGAGAGCCACAAACAAAAGACAAAGGAGGCAAUGGACAACAAAUUCUAAAGGAUGAUUCUUUUUUUUGUGCAUCUACUGAUUUGAGUGUUUUGUCUUAUGCAAAAUUAAAAAAAAAUGUAAUUAGUAUUGAUCUAAGGGUCUGCUAGCCAAACCGAAUUCCUCCAUUCAUAAUGAGGCCUCAUUCCCUUUACUACAUGCCUUAUUCCGUGGUCCAUCCCUGUCUGUCAGAGCUACAGGUGCUUAGUCUAACUAGAGAUUCAAGGACUUUGCAUGAACCUGACUUUUGUGUAGUUACUAGAGUGGAUAUCUGUUCCCUGCCUCCAGACUUAUAAGGAAUGACAAAUCCUGGCUCUUCUCCUCUCUUAAUUUAAGUUUUCCUAUUUCCAAAACCUUUCCCUGAUCUUUCGUUCUUUUUUGUGUGAGUUUUGAUGCUUAAACAAAACAUGAGUUUAUUUGUGGGGGCCAAUAUGUACCAUGGCAGUUUUGACCAAGAUCUGCUUAAUUUAAACAUGUUAUGAAUGCUAGUGAUGUAAAUACGUUCCCUUUUUCUACAGAGUGGUUUUGCCAUUUUAUUUUUUAUUUUUUUGCUAACUUAUUUUUGACUUUUAUAUCUAAGAUUGUUGUGUAUUUGUAGAUGUUCUGAAAAAGUGAUAUUUUCUGUUUAAUUCUUGCAAUAAAAACCAUUUUCAAUA